AUGUAUUUUAUAUCCCUUCAGAACAAUGUAUUUUAUAUCCCUUCAGAACAAUGUAUUUUAUAUCCCUUCAGAAAUUCACAAUGUAUUUUAUAUCCCUUCAGAAAUUCACAAUGUAUUUUAUAUCCCUUCAGAAAUUCACAAUGUAUUUUAUAUCCCUUCAGAAAUUCACAAUGUAUUUUAUAUCCCUUCAGAAAUUCACAAUGUAUUUUAUAUCCCUUCAGAAAUUCACAAUGUAUUUUAUAUCCCUUCAGAAAUUCACAAUGUAUUUUAUAUCCCUUCAGAAAUUCACAAUGUAUUUUAUAUCCCUUCAGA